CAAAACGACCUGGGAUCGAGGACGCAACUUCUCUGGUCUUCAUCCAGAUUGCUCCCAUCUGGGUCUGCCAUAUGCAAGCCACGCGCAACACUAUCAACAUUGUUGUUCCAAGGCUAAUUUCGGACACCGCUUUGAAGGUUUAGGGUGAGUUGAAUGUGCAGCACUAGUACACUACAACGUUUGACAGAGUUCAGUUACUAAAUCCGCAUAUUGAUAAAUUCAUCAAUACCAUUUGUUUUCUAACUGGGAGUUAAAGUUAUGGAUUCAACGGUGGAUAACCGGGAGAGCAAGGCAGCGCUACGUCCAUGUGCGCCCAGGUCCCUUCUCAUGCGCUGUCUGGUCGGAUUCCCUACGGUGGUGUGUUUCAUGUUUUCCGUGAGCUCCAUAGCCGUCUGCCUGCUCAUGAGCUUGAAGACUUACCAACUGGAGAACCGACUGCAUGCGCUGGAGAUGGAGAAAAACACAGCGUUCAACCCGCCGGAGAGCGCCUUCACGCGCGAGGAUGGGACUGUAAUACCGGCGCUGAGGAGUUCUAUCGAGACGCUACUGCAAGAGAGACUGAGUGAAGUGAUGCCCAAGCUGCGUACGGCGAGGGACAUCCCCCAAGAGUGUUCCUGCCCACCAGGUCCUCCUGGAAAGCGUGGAAGGAUGGGAAGAAGAGGUGAUCCCGGCGCUCCAGGCAAGACAGGGAGAGAUGGAUACCCGGGCCCGCUCGGCAUGGAUGGCAAACCAGGUCUCCCCGGUCCUAAAGGAAGUCAGGGACCAGCAGGAACCAAGGGAGAUAAGGGUGACCAAGGAGAUAUUGGGCCACGGGGCCCUCCUCCCCACAACUCAUACGCUGGCCUGCACAGUAAUCAGAUCCUCACCGUCAAGGGUGACCAGGGGUCAGCUGGCCCCCCAGGCCCCCCCGGACCCCCAGGGUCUCCUGGCCCCAGAGGCCCUCCUGGGAACACAGGCAAAGACGGGCCCCGUGGCCCGGCUGGAGAACAGGGUUUCCCUGGUCGCGACGGUAUGGACGGACAUGCAGGUUCACCUGGAAAGCCGGGUGAAGAUGGUGAACCAGGAUACACAGGACCACAGGGACCCCCAGGGUCAAAGGGGCAGACUGGUGAGAGGGGCAUGGUCGGACUCCCUGGGUUUAAGGGAGACAAAGGAGAUAUCGGAGAGCAAGGAGCCCAGGGAGACAUGGGUUACCAUGGUGAGAAGGGGGUUCCAGGCUCUACUGAGGUCAUUGACUUCAAUGGGAAGCUGCUAGAAGCCUUCCAGGCCAUCCAGACUAUCAGUGUCAGGGGCCCACCAGGAUUACCAGGGCCCCCAGGAGGAAAGGGAGAGAUAGGCUUGCCUGGGCCAUCUGGACUGGAUGGGGAGAAGGGUCCGAAGGGAGAUAUGGGGGAGACAGGGUCAAUCGGAGAGAAGGGAGAGAAAGGAGAGAUGGGUCUCUCUGGGCCAGGGGGGAUAGAUGGACAGAAGGGAGAGAAGGGAGACUCCAGGCUGGAAGAUAACCUGGUUCAGAUGAUUUCUCAGCCCGGCCCUCCCGGCCCCCCAGGACUCCCCGGACCUCCAGGGUACAUGGGUCACCAUGGAAUGCCUGGCCCUAAGGGAGAGCCUGGAGACAGAGCUAAAGGGGAGAAGGGAGACAUUGGACCUGCUGGACUGAGGGGUAUGGACGGUCCUCAGGGUCCCCCUGGCCCCACAGGAUUGGUGGGUCUCCCAGGCACCAAAGGAGAGAAGGGCAAGUCUGGGGAGCCUGGAAUGGAUGGUUUCCCAGGUCUGAUUGGAGAGAAGGGAGCCCGGGGAGACAGAGGAGACAAGGGUGACCGGGGGACAAUGGGGAAGAGAGGUCUGAAGGGUGGGAAGGGGGAGCAGGGUCCCCCUGGACUGGACCAGCCCUGUCCUGUGGGUUAUAAUGGGACUAAAGGACUUUCUGAUGAAGGGGUACAGUCCACCCCUCCUCCUCCUCCUUCUGGCCCUGAGGCCCCCUGUCCUUUGGGGCAAGAUGGACUGCCCAUACCAGGAUGUUGGCACAAGUGAUGGCUAACAUCAAGCAUGGCCACUGUACAUAUUGAUAUGGUAUAUAUUGCAACUGAAUACUACAUUGCUUUUUUGUUAUUUUUUGCCUUUUUAUGGAAACGUUUUAUAUAAUAUAUUGACACUUUUUUUAUCAUGGACGUUAUUUUGAGUCAACAGUAUUAACCAGACCGGAUAUAUCGAUCGAUACAGAUAUUUUUUGUACACAUAGACUUUGGAUAUGAAGUGAAAUGUAGUAAAUGGAACACAGCCAUCAUGGAGCAACAUCAGGAGAGAGACAUAAAGGAGCAGACAGACGGGCGGAUGGACGGACGGACAGACAGACAGACACACACAUUGCUGGAGAGUGGAUGAAUAGGGAGAAUGGCUGCCUUACUAAUGGAGUCUCAUCUGCCAUGUUGCUGCCUGGCUAUGUUGCUGCCUGGCCAUGUUGCUGCCUGGCCAUGUUGCUGCCUGGUCCAGCUGCUGCCUGGCCAUGUUGCUGCUUGGAAUGUGUGCUUGCUCCGCCCUGCUCGAUCCCACGGAUGGACAGACCUCCUGGUGUGAUAGACAGAGGAGUGUAGGUCAGCGCUCUCUUCUGUCUGUUUUUGAAAGGACGAGAAGGAGGAGGAGAGGAGGAGACAGAAGCUCAAACGUAAACGUCUCGCUCUCUCUCAGCCCUGAGGGGAGAGCAGGUCUGGAGGACAGAGAGAACACGCAGGAGAGACAGACAGACAAGAGAGCACAAAGGAUGGACAACCUCUAGAGAGUGACGGACCGGUUCCGUGCCAUUCAGUUCUAUUCGGAAUACUGAGAUGCUGCGUUAUGGAAACACAGCAGGAGGGGGCAACACAGAACACUGCAUUUCCACUUUCACCUGAAGAGUGAUCGCACCCAUAAGUUGUAGUUGUAAUUUUUAUCACACUCACUGUUGGUUCUGGGUUACAGCGGCAAGGAUUUACCUAUGAUGUCACAUUAUAAUAAUAAUAAUAAUAAUAAUAAUAUUAAUAAUAUUAAUAAUAAUAAUACAAUUCUGUGGAUAUGACGAAAGUGUUUUUAUGACAUGGUGUAUGACCAUAUCUUAUUUUCUUCAGUGUUUCCAUUUAAUAAAGUGCAUGAUCAACACAAGUCACAGCAUUAUAUAGCAUCAUGAAAACCUCUCCCAUACCAGCACACUAAGGCAAUAAGUUACUGAGGUAUUUAGUUUGCGAAGAGCAAUCUCUAAGUCUCUAACAGUCUUUCUAUGUAAAAAAAAGUAUAAAUAAAAUGCAGAUGUAUUUUGUGUGUGGCAUACUGGCAGUGAUGACAAGUGUGAUGUUUUAUUUUAUUCUAGUUGAGUUACAUUUGCAUUCCUGUGCAUGGACGUGUUUGUAUAAUAUACAGAUGCAUACUGAGUUCAUUGUGUUAAAUUCAAAGUCAGAACUGGAGCUAUUUGCAGUAUUCACAAAUAUGCAGUAUUCCAUCAAUGAAGUUGAACAAACGGUUUGAAUAUGUAGCAAUUUUGUGAUUCAUUUGGGUUUUAUCAGACAUAAGCCAAUUACAAAUAUCACAUCAGUAUUUUCUGACAGUGAUGACAGUACAGUUUUGAAGUAUAUUGAAGUAUUAUCACUUAACCUUAGCUAAAAACACAUUUAGAUGAAAUACUGUUUUCUGAACAACAGUAUGGAUUCUUGCUGCUGACGUAAAAUGUUAUUGUUUGUUUGAUUGUUUUUCUUAACCAAUGAGUUUAGUACAUUCGGACUGAAGUACAAUAAUGUACCCAAAGUCAUUGAUUUAACAAUAGUUGUAUUCAUUGGUACACACUGACACACCAUGAUAUAAAGGUAAUCAUUGUUGGUAGGUUUAACUACAGUGAGGGAAAAAAGUAUUUGAUCCCCUGCUGAUUUUGUAAGUUUGCCCACUGACAAAGACAUGA